AUGGAGUACCACGAUCUACUACAUACAAUUGUCAAAGAGCUACACACGCUCAAGGAUUUUAAACCUGGGGAUGAAGCCACAGAGUUUGAGCACCUACUACGAUCGGUUUUAGUCAAAUUGACAAAUGUCCUUGGUAUAGAUCUUCCCAUUGGAGAACUAUAUUUCACAACGAGUAAUGACAACAUCGGGAACUUAGAAAUCAAGUGUUAUGGAGACAAAGAUGGACAGAUCAUCAAUAACAACAAUAUUUUACAAUAUCUUGAGAAAAGACACGUAUCGACAUUGCAGGCAGUAGUCGAUAUACUUGAUCAUCGAGCAACCAAAAUCAAAGGUCCAUAUUCAGCUAUAUUUACUGGAAUUUCCCAAUUGUUUGAAACUCUAUUACAUCAGCGAGAUGAAGCUGAACAUGCAUUAAUUAAUUACGUGUGGAAAUGUCUUUCCUAUGAAAUUAAUUUUUACCAAGGAAUUGUGGAUAAUAUUUUGAGUCCUGAUGACACAGAGAAAUUGGUGAAUUACUUUGAAUCCCAUUUAUCUGACGAAGACUCUAUGUUCAGUUAUAAUCAUAUUGUUGAUGUUCCAUUGGAUUUAAAUAUAAAUAGUGAAUCAUUUAUGAAAAUAUAUCGUACUUGUUUGGGUGUCUGCAAUUCAGAAAAAUCAAAUAUCAAACUGGUAGCCACGGCAGUUGUUUCUAUUUACAAGAACCAAGAGAAGAUUGACUAUUUCGAAAUGCAUGAAAUAACAAAGACAUUGGCUGAAUUUUGCAAUUCCAUUUUACCAAAGCUGUUUCAAGCUAUGAGCGAUAGAGUGUUAGUUCAAGUAUUAAAGGUGCAUGAUGAAGACCCCAAAUCGCUAUAUACACAUCUUGAUGACAUAAUUGAAGACUUUAUUGCAGUAGGGGUUGAAGGUAUUGAUAGGGAGUUCCCCUCUUUAGUUAAACAUUAUAUCAAUUGUAUGCAUAACGAAUUUCCAACUCUUGUUGACACUCAAGACCACGAGUUUCUUUCUACACUUGCAAGUUUGAUCAACCAAGUGUUAGAGUUUAGAGAUAAUGAUGAAAAUGUAACAGAUAUAAAAGAUGUUAUCGCGGAGUUUGUUUCCUUGAACAAAUUAUUGCUGAAUGAUAAUUAUUUACAUUCAUCCACCUUGCUAAUGCGAGCAAGUACUAAUGAUUACUACAAGAAAAUUCAAAUUGAGAGAAUUACUUUUGAUGGUUGGAGAGAAAAGCUAAACAGGGUGUUAUUAUUAGAUCAGGUAAAUUUGGGGCAAAAUGGUGUUAAGUUACGAUACUUGGAAACAUGGUAUAGCGAAACUAUUAGAAUUCAAGAACGGGAUCUUGUUGUGGGCCAUUUCUACCAGAGUCAGUUGUGCAGAAAAAUCUUGCAACGUUGGAAAUAUCUACUUGAGUCAGACAAGCUGUUAGAGAAGAAGGCAAGUGGGUUUUUCAUGAAGAAGUUUUUUAGCAAGUGGCGGCGUUCCUAUCUCACGGUUGACAAAAAUUAUCAAACAGCAGUAGAAUUUGACAAGACUGCAUUAUUGACCAAGCACUUUAGCUGGAUGAAGGGUAUUGAGAAUCUGAAUAAGCUAAGCAAUGAAUUGGCAUUGACACUUUAUAAUUCAUUUGAGGAAAUGAGAGACUUACGAAUCGUACAAAGAAUUUUCCACUAUUGGUUUGCAAAAAUUGCCGCGAAAGCAGGGGAUCUAACCAAAAGAUUUAAUCUAUUUAAGGAUUCAAAGUCGUAUACAUGUAUUGAUUCAAGUAUUUUUACAAUAAUGGAGAUUCAAGUCGAGGUUAUUGGAGAUGUCUGA